UUCUAAGUGAAAAAGGAGGAUUAGAAAAUGAAAAGAAAAUGAUGUAAUGAACUUGUUCAUAUUCGAUCUCUCUAACUCAUAAAGUCCCUACUUUUUUCUGUUCUUUUAUAUAUUCGCUUUCUCUCUUCUUCUUCCUUUCUGUUACCAGUAAAAGCCAAACCACUUUCUCUCUGACCGCCAAGAUCAUUCUUCUAUCUAGGGCUUUCUCUCCGUAUGGAGUCUAUACGGAAGCAAGCCAGUAAGCUCAGGGAGCAAGUCGCAAAGCAGCAGCAGGCUGUUUUGAAACGGCUGGGAAGCUUAGGUAAUGAAGCUGUUAUGAUUGAUGAAGCUGAACUUCUGUGCCACCAAAAUCUUCAAGAUUUAUAUAAUUCGACGAGGGCAGCAAAGCAUUUUCAGCGGAGUCUUGUUCGGGGAGUUGAAGCUUUUGUAUCGAUCAGCUCAAAACAAAUGGAAAUAGUGAGAAGGUUAGCUGAGGAUUGCUGCAAAUAUGGAGCUGAAAAUCAAAGCACUAGCACUCCUCUAGUGAUAGCUUCGGAUUUCUUUGGUAGUUCACAUAAUUCAAUCGAAGAGGAGAGAGAGAUAUUUCUUAAGAUCCUUGGUGAGCAGGUUGCUGAACCUUUACGGGCGUCGAUGCUGAGAGAUCUUAUCAUCAACAUGCUCUUGCUAUUUUAGACAAGCUACAUUCUGAGAUGAUUCUGGAGAAACUACCAAGAGAAUUCUCAUCACAAUCUGAGAAAAUGGAUCCUGAUACUAAUUCAAAUAGAUCUGUUGAUCAUGGACAACUUUACCAGGAUGACACUUUCUUCAUUGCAAGAGCUAUACACCCGUUUGAUGCUCAAGCAGAUGGAGAGUUGAAUCUAGCAAUUGAUGAUUAUGUUGUGGUUCGUCAGGUGGGCCCUAAUGGAUGGUCCGAAGGAGAAUGUAAUGGCAAGGCCGGAUGGUUUCCAUCUGCAUAUAUAGAGAGGCAGGAGAAAGCCCCUUCGGCCAAAUUAACGUAAUUAUAAUUUCAUUCCCACAGCUCCUAUAUAAAUAUUUUUUCGGAUACGAACCUACUAUAUAAACUUGGUAUAAACUGUAUAUACCAAUAAUUUUAAUGUCUAAUAAUAGUCUUAUUUGGAUGAGGUACUUGGCUCUUUCAGCUAGCCUAGCAUGGUGCUGUGCAGAAAAAGCAAAUGAUAUUUUUAGUGUAAUAGUGAUGUAAUGUAAUGUGCGGAUGUAUCAA